AUGUUGGAUUACGAUCCUAGAAAUCGGCCCAAUGCUUACAAUAUUGACAAAUGGUUUGAAGACCUUCAAAAAGCAAUCGAGUUACAUUCAAUGGAUUAUAUCGCAAAGAACUUUUUGAUAUGUAAUGAAAUAAAUGCUUCUACAUUGGAUGAAGCAGAUGAACAAACUAAAAAAUUACCAUUCGAUUUUUCUAAUUGUUCACAACCACCUCCUAAGAUAUUUAGAAUUCUAAGGUCUUAA